AAAACUUCUGGAUUUUUUUUUCUUUUGGACUUGUGUGUUUAAUAUGAAUUAAUAGUACUCUAGAGGUAUAUCUGCAAGGCUAAAGCCAGUAGUUUAAUCUCAUUUAAUUAGACCAGGGGAAACCGAGGAGGUUAUCCUGCUGCUUCCUGGGUCAUAGCAGGGGCUGGGGAGGGUGUGCAGCUCUGCAGAGAGGGUUUGGAGAGGGCAGGAGGAAGGUUUGAUGAUUACUGGCCGUAUGGAGGGGACUCUGAGGAAGAAUUGACCAGCUCUGGUGGACAGGUCCAGCUCCUCCUUUGCCAGUCUGGGUAACAGUUGUAAUUAUUCAACACAGAUUUGCCUCUCUAAAAUUCUCUCUUGUAAACAUUCUUGCCGAUUGCAGCCUUAACCCUUUAAAAACAGCCCCACCUCCUGUGUAGAAGCAGUUACAAGUUCCCCUACACCACAAGUUGUGUUCUGUAUGAUUAAUUUGAUAUGUUUAAAGGCAUUGAUUUACUGCACAUUCCCACAGUAUUCCCAGGACCAAAAUUAUUCUGAUCUUUUGUGGUAUUUCUCAGAGGUGAAUCCCAAUGUAGUACUUUGCUAUGGCAACAGAGAUCACACGAUUUGUCGCAGAGCUGCUCCUCAGUGUCUCAGUUUGUGAAUCAAACAGCUCAGGUAAUGUGGGGGCUCAUUCUAGCUCUGGAAUUCCUGUGUUUGCUCCUCAGGGACUGAGGCAUCUCAUUCUGUGCUUGGUUAUUGUUAUGAAAAUGCUCAGAGUGAAAACAAAAGGAGUUUCAAGGUGGGUGGUUGCUGGUCUGUGCUGGGACUUGGAUUAUCACCAGUACUCAGGAAACAGAAGCAGCAGGUGGUUCUGUUUAGGGCAGGGAUGUUCCUUUUCGGGCAGGUCCUUGCAGUGGCAGGAACUUUCCCUGUAGCCUUUGGUCCUGAAGAAAUGCCUUCCGUCCCCUGCUUCCUCUGCCUUUUCAGUAAUAACUUCCUUCAUGUUUGCUAAUGGUUUUAGCCAAGUUUUGGCAUCAUUUCAGUGUAACUGUUCUAGAAGAACUGCUUCCACCUCCCUGGGGAGCAGUUCUGCUGAUGUAACGCUGCAAGGAGAGGGCAGGGCCAUGCCUGUGUCUUGGGAGCUCUUGGCAGUGCCAAGCAGAGCUGGGAACCCUUCCUGCAUCCUCAUUCCCUUCCAUUGAGGCUGAAAGCAAUAAACCUGCACAGACUGUCAGGGCAGUGCUGUUCCUGUUGACCAAGGUGUGCCCCACACUGAUUGUAUAAAUCAUCCUGGUGAUACAGGAAGCAGCAGUUAAUAAAAAGUGCUUUGGGUUUAUUUUAUCUUUUCAUGAGUACAUCCAGCUACGUAGCAAAGUCAGGUAUAGCAAAUUUGUUAGCAAUGCUAAAAUGUGUUUCCUUCAUCAACCUAUAUUUUUGUUGCAUAUUUUUCAAUUAAAAGAAAAAACACAAGUGGAUUUUUUGCUUUUACGUUGCAAAUUCUGUGAGGAUAAAUAUAGUCAGCACUUCCCCCCUCAGCAUCACUAUGGUGCAGUUCUUCUUUGGCACAUUCCUCCCCAAAUCUGUUCAGAAAAGGAAAACAUUCCCUCUUGGUCCAAGGGCUGAGCAGGGUGGAGGAGCAGAAGCGUCUGACAAGUGCUGGAAACGGCUCAGAGCUGCAGGUGAAGCCAUGAUCCCGUGGCUCAGGCAGGAAAUAUCCUUUGCUGGCAGCCCCUGGGGUGAUCCCUGGCUGUGGGAUGGAGCUGGAUCCAAGUCCCUGUUCCAAGGCAGUGCCAGGUGGCUGCGGGUGCUGCCUUUGCUGGAUUUUCCUCAGGCUGUGGGGAGCAAUAAACAGAGCUUUGACCACUCAAGCAACUGAGAUCAGUCACAAAUGUGAUCACUUGGCAGCUACAGCUUGGAGAAAUGAGCUCAGGGUUUGAAUUCCAAGGUCUUGAAUCCUGGCACUGUCACCCGCUCACCAAAUGGCUUCAACUCAGAUAUUAAUGUGUUUUCCAUUUGUUGGCUCCUCUGAUCUUGUGGAGGCAGACGGUGGAUGUGUGUCAGGCCUGUGAACAUGGAACAAUGAGCAUCUGAGGGGUGUCAGAUUUCUUUCUGGGUUUUGGAGCUUUGUAAUAAAUACAGGAAAACACAGGAGAGGCAGAUAAAAAUGCUUCACAGUGCCUUUAUUCAUUAGGUAUCGGUUGGUUUGGCAGUCUCAGGACUGCCCAAGAAAUAGCUGUGAUCACUCUCUUAUCUUCUUGUAUCUUCACGUGUCCUCACAGGAGCGCCAAUCCUGGCAUGGAGGAACAUUUCCAUGCUUGUGUUUGCAACACAAAUCAUGCCAGUGGUUCUAAGAGUGAUGUUUUCUUGUGAACUUAGCUUGAGAAACCUGGCUGCUGUCAUCAUACCCGUCCUUCACUGCUGUGUUAAAACCCAGCAGACCACAGACUGAAAGGGAGGUUUACUCAGUGCCUCAGUGUCCUUUGGGGGAAGCAGUUGUCCCCUUGUUUGCUUUUGGAGGUGCAAGAUCCUUCCCUUGAUUACAGAUGGUGAGUUUGUGUUGCUGGAGUGGGUGUAGCCAGUGAAAUCUGAAAUCACUGUGCUUUCAGUGCCUCGUGUUUAUUGUGAGAGCCCCCUUAGCGUGGCUUGGGACAAGGCCUUCUUGUGCUGGUGCAAUGGAAGAGCAGUUUUAUUAAACUGGGAGAGAGGAGUGUGGGGGAGGGAGAGGCCACGGCCAUGCACAACCUACCUUGCUCCUCAGUGCUGCCUUGAGUCAGACAGACCCUUCAGCCCUGUCCACUUACCAACAUGAGCAUAGACAGCAGCUCUUACCUUGAAUUCCUAUCCUAAAUCAACCAGGAGUUGUGUUCUUGCUCCAACACCUUCUGUGUUGCUCUUUAAUCCAUUGUCUAGCAUGUGGGGUAAGGAUGUCUUUUCACCCCAGACUCCACCAGGUCCCUUUCCCUGCAAAAGUUCAAGGAGCUCUGCUUGAUGCCUCAGUGCCAAACCUCAGCUUGGUUUUCUGCAAGUGGCACACUUGGUUUGUGUGUCUGCAAAGUUUUGAGCUCCCAUUGCAAGUGUUCCACGUGAUUGGGGUGUUUACAACUUGACUUUCUCUCGUCAUUUCUCCCCUGCUUAGUAAGGAUUAAAUUCACAGAGCAGUUUCUGUGUUCUUGAAAAACACUUUCUCCUUUCUAGAACUUUUGUUUGCCACCAAGGAUGAUGGACCUUUGUUUGAUUGUUUUGACCCCUUCCAGAAAUCUGACACAAACAGGAUGAGCUCACAAAUCUAAUUCCCAAAGGGGACCAGGAUUAAAGCUUGCCCUUGUUUGUUCAUUUGCUUCUUGCAGCAGCUGGAAUGAGUUUGAUAAUGUGGUGUCAUUUUUAGCCAGUGAGGAGCACCCCAGACUUGUGCACCAGUGAAAACGAGUGGAUUUUCUCCCCUCUCCCCUUUUGAUAUACUGAAUGAGGAGUCUGAAUUUUCAACAGGGCAGCCCUUGGUUUCUCAUUAGACUCUUAGGGAGCCCAGUGCUGCCAAGGCCACCACUGUCCCCUGUCCCCAGGUGUCACAUCUACACAGCUUUUAAAUCCCUCCUGGGAUGGCGACUCCACCACUGGAGGGAGUUGCUGGGCAGCCUCUGCCUAAGCUGAACAACCCCUCCAUGAAGAAAUUUCCCCUAUAUCCAACCUAAACCUUCCCUGGCACAAUUUGAGGCUGCUCCCUCUUGUCCUGACACUUGUUACCUGGAAGCAGAACCCAGCCCCCCUCCCCAUGCUAUAUUGAAACAGGACUGUUGCAAAAUCCUCAUCUUUGAAACUGCAACUCACUCAGCACAGGAACUCCUCUCUAUCUCCCUUUUCCCAGAAAGUGCAGCUGAAGGUGAGCCUUGUCCCUGUGGAUCCAUUCCUGCAGGUUUUGGUUGCUGACUCCAGGCACCUGUUUCUCUUCCAGAGCCUGCAGUGGGGUUUGUACUGACUGAACAAACCAACUCUUAUCCACCAGAGCAGCCCAGUGCUGUGGUCAUGAAACUGCCCUGCAUGCAGCUGAGUGAUAGUUCCUUUCCAGGAGCAGCUAAAACACCUGGAAGGUUGUGUCUUACUGCGAGUUUCAGUUGCAGCAUAAAGAUAACAAAUAAGAAAAACUCCUCCAUGUCCAACAAGAUCAGAUGCUGUUGUUUGUGUCCUCUGGAGAUGCUGAGUUUAUUAAAUUCUCCUCUGGUGACAAGUGUGAUAUCAAUCAGUACUCUAGGAUUGGAUCCUACAAAGCUUGUACCUGGGGGGAAUUUCUAUGAAGAUGUCAACAAAACAAGCAGGAUUAUGGUUGUUGUGUUACUUCUGUGGUGCUUAUACACUGCAUAAGGGACACACUGAAAGAGAUUUGUUUUAAUUAUGUUAACAUUUUUUAGGGUACUUUUAGAACUUUUUAGGGUACUUUUUCUUUCAUCCUUUUAUAUGUAAAUGUCUCUUUAACGGAUAGGACAAGGAGUAGAUGUUAUAAAUUAAAAAAGGAUCAAUUUACAUUAGAUAUUGGGAGGAAGCUCUUCCCUGUGAGGGUGGUGGGACCCUGGCACAGGGGUGCUCAGAGCAGCUGUGGCUGCCCCAUCUGUGGAAGUGUCAAAGGCCAGACUGGACAGGGCUUGGAGCAAUUUGGGAUAGUGGAAGGUGUCCCUGUUCCAUGGAGGAACUUUUUUUAAAGUUCCCUCCCAACCCAGACCAUUCUGGAAUUCUAUGAUGCUGUAUUUGGAGGGAGGAGUUCCUCUGAAUCUGCAAAUCUGAUGAAAACUGUUUUCUGUUUUGACUUGUUAAAAACAGGAUAAAACAUGGGCUGGUGUUGACAACGCUGGUGUUUUCAGGCAGGAUCAGAUGGCUGCUCCAGCUGGGAUAUUCCCAUUCCAGAAAGUAGAGCAGCAUCCAGUCUGUGUCCAGAGCCACAGUGUGGCCCUGAACCCACGCUCCGUGUGCUGUAUGACCUGCGUCUGAUACCAAAGCCCUGAAACCUUAGGAUGAAUUUUCCCAAGAUUUAUUAAUUUAUAGCACUGGGAGGGAAGUAUUUGCUCAUAUCCAAUAGCUUUAUGCAGUUAAAAAGGAUGGAAUCUGGAGAAGUCUGGCCUGGCCACGUGCUCCCUGCCCCACUGCAGGGUUCUGGGAGGGGAUGGCUGUCAGGGUUUCUUUGGGUCUGAGCAAUUUUUUGCAAAGUGGGAGAAAGGUUUUCCCAUUUCUUGGGGAGAAGAAAGCAAAACAAGUACAGCAAGUCACUUUGGGAAUCUCAUUUCAUUUCUGAGUCUAGGGAAUCAUUGCUAACCUAAUUUACUUUGAGAUUGGGUUUUCUAAGGUGUGACUCUUGUGUGACCUCUUUAUUUUUUUCUGUCCUGCUGGGGGUUCCUGCUCUGUCCUCUCCGCAAGAUUUUUCCUGUGUGUGGAAGUGUUUUAUGCAAUAACUCUCUCAGCUUUGGGGUCUGCAGCCUGUGUAGUCACAGUCUGUGACGGAGUUUGUGACCUGCCUCAAAAAAAGGAAAAUAAAUGUUGCGGGGUGUAGGGGGCUGGGACAGGGACACAGCAGGAUUUACCCUGGGAAUUAGCUGUCUGUGUGGCACUGCUUGCAGCCCUGCUGAGUGGCAGGAAGUGUGGGAAUUCUGGGCCUUGGAGGCUUACAUUCCCUUCAAAGCAUGCUGGUGUGCAAGAAAAGCUCAGCAGGGACCCCAAACCUGGGAGGCUCCCAAAUGUCCAAGCCAUGUUUACCUGCUAGGAGAGAUCCCAUUGUCAUGGCCAGCAGGAGGAUAAACUUUCCUCAAGGAAGUUCCUUCAAAGGACAAAUGAGGAGCAGAACUUGGAGAGUCCCAUUUCCCCCUUUGGCCGCUCCCCAUGUCCCACCUGGCAGCCGGUGGGCGAGGGGUGGCCCUGAGCCUGUCCUGUCCCUUCACCAUCAUGGCUUGCCUUAGACACAGAUUGAGGCCACCCCACUGCCCAGCAGCUUGUCUGCUUGUCCUACUGCCCCAGCUGGCUCCAGGGGGAUCCAUGAGGGGUUGGCACUGCUGCCAUAGUUGUGCUACAUGUGGACAUGUCACCGGUCACCUGGAUGUCACACAUGAGGUUCCAUUCGUAAUGAAAUGAGGAUUCACUUUUCACAUGGAAUAUUCUCCUCUUACCUGCAAGCAGAGCUCCUUUUGGCCCUGAGUCUUUGUUACUUCCUUAAGAUCCUGAUUUGUUUCCUUUUUAAAUUGCCUGCUUACAUGUGCCUCAGUGCCUCCUCGGAGCGGGGCUGUUACAGGAGCUCUCCCAACACCCAGCAGGAGUCAGAGCUGCUCCAAUGGCUCCCUGGUUCUGCAGGGCAGAGCACGGUCAUGGGGUGGAGGGGUGAGCAAGAAGCCUCCUGUUAUUUUUUUUUAACCCAUCCUCCCUGCCAAACGGCCUAUUUUCUGCCCCUAAUGGUUUCUGCCUAACAAAUGGUGUUUCUUUUUUACAGCGUUAUGAUCCUGGACUUGUUGUGGUGAUGGUAAACUUAGCAGUGGGAGGACAGAUCCCAUCCCUAUCGUCGUCAAGUACGAUGUCAUGGGCAUGGGCCGGAUGGAGAUGGAGCUCGACUACGCCGAGGAUGCCACUGAGCGGAGGCGAGUGCUGGAGGUGGAGAAGGAAGACACCGAGGAGCUGAGGCAGAAAUACAAGGAUUAUGUUGAUAAAGAAAAGGCCAUUGCCAAGGCUUUGGAAGAUCUCAGAGCAAACUUCUACUGUGAACUCUGUGACAAGCAAUAUCAGAAGCACCAAGAGUUUGACAACCACAUCAACUCUUACGACCAUGCUCACAAGCAGAGGUUGAAAGAUCUCAAGCAAAGGGAAUUUGCUCGCAAUGUGUCGUCGAGAUCCCGGAAAGAUGAGAGGAAGCAGGAGAAAGCCCUGCGGCGCCUGCACGAGCUGGCUGAGCAGAGGAGACAGCCUGAGUGUGCUCCUGGAAGUGGGCCCAUGUUCAGGACCACCACGGUGGCUGUGGAUGAGGAAGGAGGUGGAGAUGAUGAUGAUUCCACAGCCAACAGUGGCUUCGUCCAGACAAGCUCUGGCCAGGCCACAGAGAUGACCACAGACAGAGGCUUCCUGAACACUGGACAAGGCACUGUGGUGCCAGGCCAGACGCCUGCCCAGGGGACACAGGCCAUCAGUUUUGGCAUUAAGAGCGCUCUGGGAACUCCACUGCAGAAGAUCGGGGUGUCCUUUUCCUUCGCCAAGAAGACUCCAGUGAAGCUGGAGACCAUUGCUUCUGUUUUCAAGGACCAUGUGGAUGAGUCCAGUUCUGCCGAUGGGGCAAAAGGUGAUGAGAAAGGGUCCUCGGAGGCUGGCAGCCUGCAGAAGUCUGGGGAGGGUGAAGGCACCAGUAAUUCUGAUGGCAAGGCAGAGGACGAUGACCAGCAUGACAAGGACAGCGGCGCUCUGGCCAGCACCUUAUCCAAACUGAAGAAGAUGAGGCGAGAAGAUGGACCAACGGCUGUGGAACCAGAGUAUUACCACUACAUCCCCCCGGCCCACUGUAAAGUAAAGCCCAACUUUCAAUUCCUGCUUUUCAUGAAGGCUACUGAACAAACGGAAGCGGAAAAUGUGAACAAAAAAAAUGCGCGUGAAGUGAAAAAGGGGAGUCCCCCCAAACCCAAAUCCAGCAAGCACACAGAAAAGGCUGCUGAGAGCACGGGUCAGCAGAAGGAGCAGAGUACUACUGAAAGUGCAGCUCAGCAGGGCAAAACAGAACAAAAAGACAUCCCAGAGAGUGAAAAUACACAGGAGAGCAAGCACCUUCCAGAAAGCAAUCCCCCCGAGCCAGACACAUCUAAAGAAGCUCCUCCUCCUGCCUCGAGCUGCAGAGAUGGCUCUGAGGGACCAAAGCACCCCAUGGGACCUUUUUUCCCUGUUCUGAGUAAGGACGAGAGCACAACACUGCAGUGGCCUUCAGAGCUGCUCAUCUUCACCAAAGCUGAGCCCUCUGUGUCCUACAGCUGCAACCCUCUGUACUUUGACUUCAAGCUCUCCCGUAACAAGGAUGCAAAAGGGAAAGGGGCAGAGAAAUCCAAGGAUCCAGGGGGGCUUUGUAAGGACAACACUCAGAGCACAGAACCUGGUGAGGUGAGCAAAGCCAAGGAGGCUGAAAGUGUAGGGAACAGUUCUGCUCAAAAAAUGGAAAACAAAUCCCAGAGCAAGCAAGAGUCCAGUCUGGGAAGCGUGGGUAAGGGAGAGGGGGAGGACAGCAGUAAGAGUAUAACGGGUAAAAGUAAAUCUGGAAGGUCCCAUAAACACAAAAAGAAAAAGAAGCACAAAAAGUCCAGCAGACACAAACGCAAACACAAGGAGGAAGCAGAGGAGAAGGCCCGGAAAUCUGAGCUGGGGGAAGAAAAACCCAAGAAACGGAAAAGGCACAGGCACAAAAAAGGUAAAUCCUCCCUUUCAGCUGAGUCAGACCGGGCACUGAAACCUGAGCUAUCUGAAGACUGCAGCCAUUUCCAGAAGAAAAAGCGAUGCUCCCAGGAGUCCCAGAGGAAAUCCCUGUCUGCUGAGGAGGGAAGCAGUGGUAAAAAAGAGGACGGGGGUAACUCCUGCCAAGAGCACAGCAGCAAAAGACACAAGGCUGAGCUGCAGCAGGUGCCUGGUGUGAGGAGACGCUGCCCAGCUCUGUCCCAGGCCCGGAGCGGCCACCGGAGCCGCCAGAGCAGCGGCGACUAUGACAGCGACGAGGGCUCCCCUGGCAAGCACUGCCGGCAGAAAUCCCCGUCGCAGUACAGCGAUGACUACGACUCGGGCAGCGAGCACUCGCGCAGCCGCUCCCGCUCAGGCCGCAGGCACUCCUCACACAGGUCCUACUCCACCAGCUCGGACGCGUCCUCAGGGCACAGCCGCUACAGCCGCCACAGGAGCUACUCGGAUGACAGCUACAGCGACUACAGCGACCGCUCCCGCUGCCACUCCAAGCGCUCCCAGGACUCAGAAGAUGACUCUGACUACAACAGCUCAAACCACCGUUCCAAGCGGCGCAAAUACUCCUCGUCAGAGGACGACUACAGCUCGAGCAGGAGCCGAUCCAGGAGUCGGAGCAGGAGCCGAACCCACCCUCGAGACAGGUCAAGAUCGAGGAGCCGGGGCAGGAGCCGCAGCAGCAGCUGCAGCCGCAGUCGGAGCAAGAGGAGGAGCCGCAGCGUGACGGGCCGCAGCUGGAAGCGCAGCCGCAGCUACAGCCGGGACCGCAGCCGCAGCACCCGCAGCCACUCACAGAGGUCCCUGUCACGGAAGGGCUCGCGGGGCCACGAGAGCCCCGAGGAGCGAAGGUCUGGCAGAAGGGACUUCAUCAGGUCCAAGAUCUAUCGCUCCCAGUCUCCCCACUAUUUCCGCACAGGCCGAGGUGAAGGGUCGCUGCUGAAGAAGGAGGAUGGCAAAGGAGAGGAUGUGAAAGGAUCUGGCUCCAUGUCCCAGAACAGCAGCAGCUCUGGCACGGGGCGGGUCUCAGAAGGGGACUGCAGUCCUGAGGAGAGGAACUCUGUCACAGCAAAGCUCCUCCUGGAAAAGGUGCAGUCCAGGAAGGUUGAGAAGAAGCCCUGUGUCACUGAUGAGGUGCUGUCAGGGGCAAACAAGGUGGGUAUAAAGCUCAAAGAUCCUCCCCAGGGCUACUUUGGCCCCAAACUGCCUCCUUCCCUAGGCAACAAACCGGUUCUGCCCUUAAUUGGGAAGUUGCCAACCAUUCGGAAACCAAACUCCAAAAGAUACGAGGAGUCUGGCUUGGAGAGGGGCGAGGAGCAGGAGCUGUCAGAUGCUGAGGAUGGUUCCCAAGGCAUGGAGGAGGGUCAGCUGGCUGGCCAGUCUCUCCUGGAAGAUGUGGUGAUGGUAAUUCAGGACAAACCUCUGGAUGAGCAGAAACGUGAUGAAGCCUCUGUGGAGAUGCCAUCCCUUCCCCUGGACACGCCUGCGCUCCCUGAGUGCUUUGGCUCCGGAGAUCUGGUCAUGCCACACAACUUCCUCUCGGAUCCGAGCAACGGUGAUGGGCUGGAGCCUAUGGACGGGGGCAACCAGCCGGUCCCGGUGGAAACCGGCAUGAUGCCCUUAGUUCCAGAUGUGGAGCGCUUUCCUGGCUAUGUGCCUCAGAGUGGGGAGCCGAGCAUGGAAGGGGAUCGGGAGGGGGGAGAAGAUUCCUCUUUAGCCCCGCUGGAGAGCCAGCCCAUCACCUUCACCCCUGAGGAGAUGGAGAAGUACAGCAAGCUGCAGCAGGCUGCCCAGCAGCACAUCCAGCAGCAGCUGCUGGCCAAGCAAGUCAAGGCCUUCCCUGCCUCAGCCACCCUGGCGCCAGCUGCGCCUGCGCUCCAGCCCAUCCACAUCCAGCAGCCGGCGGCAGCAUCGGCCACGUCCAUCACAACGGUGCAGCACGCCAUCCUGCAGCACCAUGCUGCUGCUGCCGCCGCCGCUAUCGGCAUCCAUCCCCACCCACACCCACAACCCCUCGCUCAGGUCCACCACAUCCCCCAGCCACAUCUGACACCCAUUUCCUUGUCCCACCUGACCCACUCAAUUAUUCCGGGGCACCCUGCCACGUUCCUGGCCAGUCACCCCAUCCACAUCAUUCCUGCAUCUGCCAUCCACCCAGGCCCCUUCACCUUCCACCCUGUCCCUCACGCUCUCUACCCAACCCUCCUGGCUCCGAGGCCCGCAGCUGCCGCUGCCGCCACGGCCCUGCACCUCCACCCCCUGCUGCACCCCAUUUUCUCAGGACAGGACUUGCAGCACCCACCGAGCCAUGGAACAUGAAGGACAAAAUGAAGGAACCUCGGAGAAAGGAGAAUAGUUGGUGUUUUGGGAAGGGGUUGGAGUUGAGCCAGCGGGCAGGUGAGGCCUGAGCAUUUCCUUUCACUCUUGAGCAGCCAAAGAAGCUGGAAGCUCGAGGGCUGGGCUGUUGUUGGCUGUAUCCCAGCAAUGUCUCGCUCCGUGCACGCAGCAGCACCGCUCCGGAAGAACCGUUUCACCUUUAGAACAGCGAGACGCUUGGAAAGGCUUUUUUCCCCUUGGAUUCUUAUAUUUGGUCAUCUUCCUUCUGCCACCUUGUAUAUGAUAAAUGAGGUUUCAUACACACUAAUAGGAUCUCUAAAAAUCCUUUUAAUGAAGUCAUCUAAUUAAAAUAGCAUGAUUGAAUCUGGCUUGUAAUUGGCGAUGAAACAUCGGGAGCUGUCAGCUGUGGAGGGGCUGGAGGCCUUGGUUUUCAGGCAUUG